GUUGCCCGGCAACCGACGCUCGGCUGCAGGAGCCUGGUCCCGGGAAUGGUCGAGUGUUACCGGGAUGGGGAACCUGUAAGGAAAGGACGUUAAAUAAGUAAAACAAGCUCGACAACGCGGGGAGGGGAGGAGGAGGAGAGGAGGGAAUGGCUUUGGAGACGGUGAGGGUGGUGGUGCGCUGUAGACCGAGCAACAACCGGGAGAAGGACCUGAACUGCAAGGUGGUGGUCUCCAUGGACAGUACCCGCGGCCAGUGCUUCAUCCAGAAGCCCGGGGCCCUCGGAGAGCCGCCAAAACAGUUCACUUUCGACGGCGUCUAUUACAUAGAGAGUACCACCGAGCAGCUGUACAACGAGAUCGCCUAUCCGCUGGUGGAGGGUGUCACUGAAGGCUACAAUGGAACAAUAUUUGCCUAUGGCCAGACAGGAAGUGGAAAAUCAUUCACUAUGCAAGGCAUUCCUUCUCCAACAUCGCAACGAGGAGUUAUUCCCAGAGCUUUUGAACAUAUAUUUGAGAGUAUCCAGUGUACCGAAAAUACUAAGUUCCUCGUGAGGGCUUCAUAUUUGGAGAUUUACAAUGAAGAGAUCCGUGACCUUCUGGGUAAAGAUACCAAACACAAACUGGAGCUCAAGGAGCAUCCAGAGAAAGGCAUUUAUGUGAAGGACCUCUCCAUGCAUACUGUGCACAGUGUCACGGAGUGUGAAAAAAUCAUGGACAUUGGCUGGGGUAAUCGAGCUGUGGGAUAUACCCUCAUGAACAAAGAUUCAUCUCGUUCACAUUCUAUAUUCACCAUUCACUUGGAGAUGUGCUCGAUUGAUGACAAUGGGAAAGACCACAUCCGUGUAGGAAAGUUGAAUCUGGUCGAUUUGGCAGGCAGCGAAAGACAGGCAAAAACUGGAGCAACUGGAGAUCGGCUAAAAGAAGCUACUAAAAUCAAUCUGUCACUUUCAGCGCUUGGGAACGUUAUUUCUGCAUUGGUGGAUGGCAGAUCAAAGCAUAUUCCAUACCGUGACUCCAAACUGACACGGAUGUUGCAGGACUCCCUUGGGGGUAACACCAAAACUCUGAUGGUAGCAUGUCUGUCGCCAGCUGACAAUAAUUAUGAUGAAAGUCUUAGCACUUUACGGUAUGCCAAUAGGGCAAAGAACAUCAAAAACAAGCCCAGAAUUAAUGAAGAUCCAAAGGAUGCUUUACUCAGAGAGUAUCAGGAGGAGAUUAAACAAUUGAAGGCACUCCUAGCUGGACAGCAUGGUAAUGAUUAUCUAAGUAAUGUCCAAAUGAAUAAUACCCAAGCAACCAGUCAAUCUCCUGAAGUCCAUGCUGAGAUAGAAAUUGAAAAAGAAAAUAUCAGACAGGAAUAUGAGCAGAAGUUAUUAAAGAUCAAAGCAGAUUAUGAAGCAGAGCAGAAGUCCAAUGUGAAACUACAAGAAGACAUUGAAAAACUAAGAAGUUCUUUUGAACUGAAGAUGGCACAUUGUGAAGCCAUUGAUAAGGCCACUGAUGCACCUCCAUUUGAAGAAAGCACUUGUGCUGUGGAGAUAACUCAGCCAUUUAGUGUUGAAUUAGCGGAUGUGAGUGAAGUAGCACAGAAGCUAGAUGUUGCUAUGUUGAUAAAACCAGAGCCUGAAAUAGCUCAACAAGACACAAGCAGCAGGAACGAUACGGAGCCUAAUGAAGAGCAGCAUUCUCUUGAAGUGCCUCUAGUAAAGGGAGAAAUUGCAGAGGAAUAUUCUACAGCUGCUUCGUCACCUGCCACCUUAGACCAGGAAGAGGUACUUGCAAGGCUGAAGAUGUUGGAGAAUGAGGUUGUAGGGGGAGAACAAGCCAAAAAUACAGAACUGAAGGAGAAAAGGAAACGGCGCAAGACAUAUGCUGAUGAGAGGAAGAAUCAGCUUGCAGAAGCACUGAAACACACAGACAGGGAUGAUCCUACUAUCUUGAUCAAUGUCUAUGAAUCUAUUCAAGAUGAAGUUCGCGCAAAAAGCAAAAAUAUUGAAAACUUGCAGAGAAAGCUAACGGUUGCUGAGAUAGAAAUUUCUGAUCUGCAAUCUGAGUUUGAAUUUGAGCGUAUUGAUUACCUGUCUACCAUAAGGAGGCAGGAGCGAGAAAACAUUCUACUGCAGCAAGUCCUAGAAAGAAUCCAGCCUUUAAUUCGGCGAGAAUGUAACUACAGCAAUAUAGACAAAAUAAAACGGGAAUGUGUUUGGGAUGAAGAAAGUGGUUGCUGGAAACUACCAGAAACAGUUCUUCAAAAGAUUACACUUCCGUCUGCUGGCUCCAGCACCGCAUCAAAUAAGCAAGGGGUGAGAGUCUCUGCCAAUGAUACUGGAGAUUACUUAAUGGAAGAAGAUCGUUACAGACAAAUGCUCAACCGUAGUGAUAGUGAGAAUAUUGCCAACAACUACUUCAGGUCGAAGCGUGCCAGUCAGAUCUUGAAUACGGAUCCUGCUCGAAGUCUCAUGCAUACACAGACGUCAGUGCAUAGCGUAUCUCUUAACAAUGGAUCACCUUCCCAUGCUGUCUCCAAUCUAAAUACAGUGUCUCCAACCCAGCCGCCUGAUAUGCCCACGCCAAGGCCUUUCCGUUUGGAAUCACUGGAACUACGUGCGCCAUCUGCCAAAACCAAACGCAAGAAAAACAAAAACAAUCCUUUCAUGGACAUUGCCUGAUGCAUAAAGGUUACAAUAAAGUAUUGCUUUUAAGGUAUUUGUUAUAUUUUUCUCUCCCUUAUGCUUUUAUUACUACAAACAGCAUUCUGGCAUGAGCUUCUACCAAUGCUGAUGUAACACCAACUGCUCAGAAGUGUCCAAGAAAAUUAAUGCUACUGUUCCAAGGCUUAUUUUUGUGAGAUAGUGUCUUACUCGAACCUCCUGACAAAUGCUUGUCUGUAAUAGAGUUCUGUUAUUUCAUCAUUGCGACCUGUAUCCUACUGUUCUCUAAUGCAACAAAUUGCUGUUCCAAAGCAGCACACAACAAUGUUAUUUAUUGCUAUUCUUCAAUAAUUUGAAUAUAUAUAACGUUAAACUACUGAUGACAAUUUUCCAUGUAGUUCAUAUCAUCAAAAGCAUAUUUUAUCAGUUCCGAAUGUCACCAAAUCAUUGUUUAUUAUAAUAAUCUGUUUCAACUCCCAUACUUCUCUUUAAUUACUUGAACCCACUUAUCACAAUCCACUAUAUCGAAGAAAUCCUGAUUUGUUUUUAUUUAUUCUUUCAAACCAGACACUUUUUAAACUUCCAUUUCCCUCUCAAUGAUUAAUAACUGAAUUGAUGCACCUUAUUUUCUCCCUAAUUUUCUGAAGACAUUUGUGUAAUUUUAAAUUCUGGAAAGACAGUUGUCCGCAUGUCUGAUCAACAGUUACUGCCUCUUAAAUUUCAAGACUUUCUCUUUAAUUUGUCUUUAUAUAAUAUAAAUGAUUACCCUCGUCAUUACCUCUAAGAACUCAAAUUUUUAUACUUAAUUGAGUAAUAAAGCAGCCAAAUUUCAAAAAGGUUCUGAAAUGUGUAUAUUGUUCCAAAUGUUGUCCAACACUUUAAUAUUAUUCCCAUAUCUGGAAAUAUUUUUAACAUAGUCAACAUUGUUUCGCAAUGUACCAUAGAUUCCCACUUGAUAAAACAAUGAUUUAUUUUUACAUCACAUAAAUGUACAAAGCCUUACAAGGAGUAAAAAGAACAAGGUAAUGAGGUAAUUCCACCUUGCUUUUAGCCUCUAGACACAAAUUUAUUGUACUUUCUUUAAUAGGAGUACUAUGACCUAUAGUUUGUCUGAACUUUCUUCAACAAACUCUUCAGCCUCUAUACUCAUGGUUUUGACAUUAAAAUGCACUGCAGUAUUCUAAUCCAACAUCUUUUACCAGGAGCUCCAUUUGUAUUUUCUUUCAUUAUCCAAUCUACUUAAUUUAUGUGUCUCUUACUGAUGUCCUGCCCUGUUUCAGGUUAAAUUGUGAACGUAUCUUAAACCUGUUAAAUCAUUGUAAACAAUUCUACUUUUCACACAUUUCAAACACUGUGGAAGUCCUGCAAAUUAUGUUGUUUUAAUGGAAUCAAAAGUGCUGGUUGAAACUGGCACCUAUAUUAAAAAUAAAGAUAUAGCCUGAACAGCAGGGUAAUAUUCACGAUAUUGAGGCUGGUGAAUACAAAAAUUAUCAAUGUCAAUGCCGUCUGCUGCAUUUCUUCAGGGAACAGGAGCAGAGAGUGGUUGCUUAUUUGCUGCCUUUAGUAAUGUCACACAAAUAGUGCUGAUAGCAUAACCCUUUGCAAAUAUCACUCUUGGCUGUAAUUGGUGUCACUGUGUUCUUGUACUUGUGGAAGCAGAUAAACAGAAACAAGCAUUUUACAUUCAAAAUUAACAGUCAGUCACUCUCUGGGUUCCCCUUUGAUUCCAAUAAUUGUUUCUUGGUUCAACUAUAGAUUUUGCAGAUAAACAUUUUGUAUAAUGUAACACUGAACUCUAGGUUCCUAAAUUUGAUCAUCAGUUUAAUCUAAUAAAUCUCAGCUGAGGUGAAUUUGGAGUGACAAAAUUAGUUUUAGUGGCCUUAGGUUGAGCUAAACUGCUAUCAAUUAUUCUUGUGUGGAUGUCGUAUGGGAAUAUACAUUAGAUUUGGCACUGUGUUGUUCAGUGAAACAGUAUAUUGUCACAUAAGGUGAGGUGCUUAGGGAAGUUGGCAUCCAUGGAUCUGUACACUCGGCCAGAGAAUAAUUUGGAGAGACUGACUUUCAGAUUGUACCGAUGCAGGAAUAACAUCUCAAGCUUGUCCCCCGUCCCCUGCCCUGAAUACAUUGUGCUUAAUUGUACAGAAUUUGAUUGAACCGAUUGAUUUGCAAAUAUUAUUCAAGCUUGGUUUGACAGGAAAUCUCACUGCCCAAAAUUCAUGCUAAGCCAAAUAGAGCAGAUAGCUGCGUGAGCUAACCUGAAAUAAGUCAGAGAUGUUAGACUUUUAUAAUUGGUCACAGCUCUCCAGAUGAGGGAAUGGCUAAUUAAAUGUAUUAACGCCCCAUGAGCAUGUGUGCAAAUGCUUAAUGGGUAUUGGAUCAAUUCUCUCUCUCUGUACUUUGUGCUUGAGCAGAUAUGGUGGUUGCUGAUACAUUUGGGACGGUCCUCAGAACGUCCAUGAGUCCAUGAAAUUAGGUAGGAAGAAAUUGCAGCUAGGAAUUGGAAUAUGAGAAGUAUAUGUGUACAUUCAAGUUACAGGAAUAUUUUUUUUUAACUAAUUACACUGGAAGUUGAACAAAGCAAUCAAAUUCUAUUAAGGUUUGCUUUUGAAGACAAAAAUAUCAGAAAUAUAACUAACAAUCCUUCAAUUGGGACUGUUUUUCUUAAAUGAUGAGAGAUGAGUAUAGGUUUUGGUGAAUGAAAUUCAAAUGCUGUUAUUUUGAAUGUAAAAUAAGGUUAGGCGGAAAUGAGCAUAACUGUUCUCAUAAAUUUGUAAAAACAAUGUUAUACUAUGUAUUCAUGACAGAAUUAAUUUAUGUAUUAUGUUAAUCGAACUAAAUUAUUUGUUUUG